AUGUUCGCGGACAAAGUUAUAGCUGUCCUAUCGCUCCUAGUUAAGCUCUCGCUAUAUCCGAACCUUCGAAACAACCUCCUCGACCUCGCCGUGUCCUCUAUCUCUAUGUGGAACGUCGCUCAAACUAACGAACGGGAAUUCGUAGCCUACCCUACUCUCGACCUAGAAGGUCUUGACGGGUGGUAUGAGGGUAUAUCUACACCUAGCAAUGAUGUCAUUGUUUUAUUUCCGCGUAUUAUUGCACGGACUUGUUCCCGGGUAGCUGAUACCCGACUUGUCGGUCCUCUUGGCAUGUGGAUAGAUUCUGAGCCGGACUCGUACGUUCAAGAGACUUGUAUACACGGCGGGACAGGACUAGCAAAAUGGUUAGCACUAGUAUUAGAAGGGGAUGAGGAGGAGGGAGAGAUGAGAGAAGAGGAGAAUAUUGGAAGAGGAUUUGAAGAAGCUGGAGAACGCAGUCAUGGGACAUAG